AUGACGACCAUAGCCGCAAAAGCUGGGCCUCAAGUGGAUGCCCGAGGUGUCAAUUCGUCAGGUAUCUCAUCUUCUCUUGACUCAACCGGUACGAAGCCAUGGGAGAAGCCAGGCUUACUAGGGAAGACACGGAGAACCCUCCGCACUAUUCAGCGGUACAUCUGGGACGAUCCAGACAAACCCAAAGAAGAAAAAUGGUUCCUACUCAAACUCGACAUUUUCCUCCUGACAUCUGCCUGUCUGGGAUAUUUCAGUAAAAAUCUGGACCAAACUAACAUCCAGAAUGCCUACGUAUCCGGAAUGAAGGAGUCACUGAACAUGCACGGCAGUGAACUUACAUAUGCUGGCAAUUGCUUCACUGCAGGCUACGUCGUUGGGCAGCUACCUGCAGUCAUGCUUGCCACUCGCGUCCGACCGUCGAUUCUUAUCCCGACAUUGGAGAUUCUUUGGUCCGCGUUGACAUUCUGCUCUGCUUCAGUCACAAAUGUUUCUCAGCUAUACGCAAUUCGAUUCCUAAUCGGACUCUUUGAAAGCGGGUAUUUCCCCGUCAUGAUUUAUCUUGUAUCGAGUUGGUACACCAGAGAAGAACGUGGGAAGCGGACCUCCCUCUUCUACUGUACUGCAGCGCUCGCGGGCAUGUUCAGUGGUUAUCUUCAAGCUGGCGCAUAUAAAGGUCUUGAUGGUGUUCAUGGUCGGCAAGGCUGGCAGUGGCUGUACAUCAUCUGUGGUGUCAUAUCCCUCCCAACGGCAUUUAUCGGCUAUUUCUUCAUCCCCGACUUCCCGGAGACGACACGCGCCUUCUACAUUACGAAAGAAGAAGCAGAGCGACAAUGUCAGCGCCUGAUAGCUGAAGGACAAAAGCCACUAGGCCAUAACCCAUGGACGCGCAAGAAGCUGUUGGGCGUAAUGAAGCAAUGGCAGUUCUGGGUCCUUCCGUUUGGAUACUUCCUUGUGCAAGCUAGUUUCCCAAGCCAACAGCCUGUCAUGGCUCUCUGGCUCAAGGCUGAAGGUCAUACUGUCUACGAAAGAAACGUCUGGCCAACAGGUCAAGUCGCUAUCGGCGUUGUCGUUCAGAUCUUAGCGGGCAUGCUCUCAGAUUCGCCAUUACUCAAAGGACGUCGUUGGCCUGCCAUUGUUGUCAUGCAAGCCGGGACACUCUUCUCGGUCAUCAUCUUGGCCGUUUGGAACGUAACAGACCGGCUGAAGUAUGUCGCAUACUAUUUCUUGUAUUUCGCCGCUGGCAUUCCAGGACCGUGGUUCGUCUGGUAUGCAGAUCUUAUACCACACGAUCACGAGUUCCGCGGGUUCGCCAUCGCCUUGUCCAACAUGUUCAGCUACAUCAUGCAGAUCUGGUACCAGUCAGCCGUAUGGAAGACUAUCGAUGCGCCGCGCUUCCACGCUGGGUUUAUCGCUGCUUCGGUAGUCGGAGGAGCGAUGAUAGCGUUGUGCUUGAUACUCCGCUUGGUGCAGCAAAAAGACGAAAAAUGGAGAGCGCGAGAGAAAGAGACUUUGCCAGAUGUGGAAACGCCAGGCGCAUCAAAUACGAGUUCAGAUAGUAUCGUAUCUACGGACGAGGCGACAAAGGAUAUAGGGAACCGGAAAUAG